AUGUUUUCUCCCUUCAAUACCCACCAUUCAAAUCCCCCAACAAAUUACAACCUUGCCUUCCCUUAUUGGUGCCAUCGAAACCGUCGAAUCUGUUUGCUCGUGCAGUCAUUUCUUUACUUCUCAAGGCAAUCUGCUACAGAUGGGGGAUCCACAAGAAACACCGGCAAAGGAAGUGGAUCUGGAUGGGUUGAAGGCUGGGUCAGAUCUGCACGGAGUCGCCCACUUUGGUUUGAUGUCAAGAGAUUGGCGGUGUUUGAAGAAAUGGCAACUUCAAUCUCAUACAAAGUGAGAAGUCCUCACUUUUCUGUCCAAUUGAAAGAUAUAAACAGAAAGCAGCAGCCCACGAUGAUGACAAUCGGGUUUUUGGAUUUUCAGUUUAUUGAGGAUAAUCAAUCUUUAGUACAUACCUCAGAAUCAGUCAUUGGUUGGUCCCUAGAAGAAUUGGGAGGAUCACUGAAGGAGGACAAAGCUGCAAAAAAUGUCUACAUUAAGGUAACCAGAAACAGAUUGUUAACUUACAAUAGACAACUCGCUACUGUUAAAAGUUUAAGAAUUUUCGGUAGUGAUCUUAUGGCCCAAGUUGCUGCAAAUCAUUCUGCUGCAAGCUCGCACCAAGGAAGCAACGAAGCACUAAUUAAUAUAUCCAGUAACACUAUAAUUGCACCUUUUGUUGUAGAUGAGGACCCAUUAGGGGAAAAGGAACCAGGAGCAUCUGACAGUUUGGAGCUGCUGGUCCUAAAUGAGCAAUACCUUGUGGAGCUGCUGGUCCUAAAUGAGCAAUACCUUGUGGAGCUGCAAAAUGCUACAUCUUGA